ACUAGUACUGUAAUUGCAAAAUGUGAAAGAAGAUGGUUUGACAGUAUUUCACGACGAAGAAAGUAAUUAGCUAGAGCUUUGUUGUUAGUGUUCAGUCUCGCAUUUGGCGUGGCGACCUGCCGCCAUGCUGCCCUCCAGAGUGUGCAUAGGUGGACUCGUCUGCUGCAGGACCUUCAGCACGACGCCGGUUGCCGCUGCCGCCUCGAAAAAGACGUCUCUUAUUGAGCGUCUUCGUGAUCAACAAAAGCACCUUAACAGCAAGAAGGCUGAAAAGCCAUUCUACCCCGCGGCUACUCUGAGUAGAAUUGAGCGCCGCAAGUACCGUGUCUUGGUGGUGAAUCCGGAUGGCUCCAGUUACACGCUGCGCAACAGAGAGCCACGGCCGAUCAUGACCAUGCCCGUUGACAUCACUACUCUAUCCGAGAGAGACCGCAUGAUGCUCAUGCGUGGUCAGCAGGCCAAGAUGGUCUACAGCAGACUGGAGAAGACGAUUGACAAGGACCGGUACACGGAACUGGUCCAGAAACAGCCGGAGGUAUCUGUAAGGCGAGGUCGUCGCUUAAUGCCCUCCCUCAGUUCCCUUGUGAAGUGAAAGUUGUUGAUCCGAUGACUUAUAGGUCAGCAUGUCACAGACGCUGCAUGUUACAUAUGUUACAAUGAGUAGCGCCCAUGUUGCUCGUGUCCUUCGUGACUGAUUCGGGUUUUUUUCUCUUAUGUGAGCCACGUGUUCUUCCUGUACAUACUCUUAAUGGCUGAUGUACAUGUAUAUAUUAAUUGUGCACACAAGAACCCUCCCUACCCUUGCAACCGCGCUAGUUGUAAGUUAGUGAUCUAGCAAUGCACCACUCCAUUGCAUUGUAAGAUCAACUGCCGUCUAAACUA